UUUAGUUCCGGUGAAGUCCACACAAGUCGACUGUCGAGCUCAUACAAUAUUCCAAAACGUAUUUUUUUCACCAAAGAACGAUGGUCACGAAUUGCCGUGGUUAUGUCCAUAUUAAUGACUAUGUAGCAACAUAGACAGGCCGUAGCCACAACUGACCCUGCACAGCUCCAACAAGGCACGAGUUCUCGCGCGUGCUCAUGGGUAACUAACAACAGUGGAGACUGUCGGCGACAUCAGAGUGGAGGUCGAAGAGCUGAUCAGACGGAUCUUGGUUAGAUCAGGAGGAAUCUGAGAAAAUGGUUCGAGUUUGUGCCUUUCCAAAUUGCGGCAACAAAAUGAAGAGAUAUUUGUGCUUGAGCUUUCACCGUCUACCCUACCGCAACCGGGAGACUUUACAGUUGUGGCUGGCUGCACUUCAGCUUGAUGUGAAAACUCCCUUGCGAACAUUACGUGAGAAAGAUUACCGUGUUUGCAGCGAACAUUUUGAUGAGGACGACUUCACCGAAAAGAGCGUCAAGUCCCGGUAUCUGAAGGCAAAUGCCAUUCCAAAAGCGAAAAGAACAGCUGCAGAAAAAUUGCUGCAUGGCACCUGGGCAGGAAUGGACCAGUCACCGGGCCAGGUCAGGAGCACAGGCAUUCAAGCAAAUGUCCCAGAGACAAGCACUGCAACCAUGGAGAAACCAACUCUGCAGCACAUUGUGGAUGAGGAGGCUAUUCUGCAGCUGAUGAAGAACUGCCCGAUGUGCAACAGAAACUGCCGCUGUACAAAACGUUUUCGCAGUCCUUACUUCAUAGUCUACCAGAGCUGUUACUACUGCAAUUAUCAACGCAAGUGGGCCAACCAGCCUGAAGCUAGAAAUAUGGACAUUCCAAGAAGAGAUGAGUGA